AUGCCACCUGAACGCAACAAUAUGUGUACCGCGGUCUUUAUCGGCGUUUACAACAUCUCGGUGACUGAUAUGCCGGUUUUUAUGCUCCAAAAUGAGACAAAUGCCAUUGUUCGCGUUACUGCCUUGCAGUACUACAAUAUGGGCAAUUCAGCAGUCCUGAGCAACCGUUUGCGACAGCUAUGA